GAGCAAAAGAAGCCAUUUCGUGGAGUUUCACUCCAUCAUCUCAAGAAAACAUCCCCCAAAACAGAGCGAAUGAAUCUGCCGCUGCUUUCGAGGGAUUACGGUAAACCGCGUCACGCUUCCGGAGAAGCCAUCGUGUUGACCCCUUUUUUGUUUGCUAACCCGACGGCUGUGUCGAGCCCCUUUUUCUUCUGCUUCCUCCUCCUCUUCCACUUCUUCGUCUUCCUCAACAACACGUUUCUCGGCCGCAGCGAGGCGAGCGAUGUCUGCAGACAUGCCGGCGGGGGGUCUGAACCUGGAGUCGCAGCUGCUGUCCGUAAUGGACGUGCUGGUGAAAGCGGCGGUGGUGGAGAUCGGUCAGCUGUUCUCGGAGGGAUCGUCGUCUCUGCGCCUGCAUCUCACGCAGAGCCUGAAGGAAAACGAGGCCCUGCGGAUGAGGAUGAAGGGGAUGAGGAGUGAGCUCUUCUCCCUGCGGCUGCAGACCAGGAACAACCGGCCGGCGAGCCGCUUCUCCCCGGUCAGAGGAAGCGCUCCCAAACCGCGGGCGAGGACGCAAGAUUCACAUCAGGUCUUCCAUGAUGUACAGUCUCUUCUUGAGUUUGUUGGUCCCAAGUGUAAAUUUUGCACCUUGCAAGUAGAGGCUUCUGCAGGGCAUCUGCAUCAAAAACAUCUAAGGGACGCUACUUAUUUUCAAGAUGGAGAUAAAGAGAAAUUUGUAGUGUCGUGCUAUUGCCAGGACACCAAUCAAAGCCAUAGAUGCCACAAUCAUUGUCCAUUCUGCAACUACAGAGUGUUUUCCCGAACAGUGAGCUUCAGGACACACCUUCAACAACUUCACGGUAUCAAAUCAUACAAGAAAAGAGUUUUCAUUAAGCCACCAUUGUCUCCAAAGGGUGAUGUGGAAGCAGCUGCUAUCUCUCUACAAUCAGACAACCAUACCCCCUCCUCUGAAAAUCAAGUGGAGUGUGCAGAUGUUGAGAGCCCAGAUAUCAUCCUCAUCAAAGAUGAAGACGACAUGGGAGGAUGUGGGCCAGUUGUGGGCCAUAACGACUUCGGUGGUCUUUCUACAGGGACUGGGACGGCUGAGAACGAGGAGCUGAGAAUCCUCAGUGUUCGCGGAGGAGGGGAGGAGCUCCUCCAGGACGAGAGCGACUCCCUCUUCACCGCCUCCGAACUCCAGGCUUUCACCUCCCUGUCCCCGGACCACGACGUCCCCCACGACAGCCUCAUGGACUUCGCCACCGGCAGAGACCCGACGAGAGGGAUGCCGGACCACAGGAACGGCCAACCGGAGCGGAAUCAGUCCGCCCGGGUGGCUUCGACCAUUAUGAACCCUGCAGUGGAAGCAGAAGAAGACGACGGUCAAGCGGGGCAGCCGAGUCACGUCGGCCAGUUCGACCAGCAGCAGAACGCCUUCUCCCACGGCGUCCUCAAGUCCCUGGACUGCAGCUUCUGCGGCGAGCGCUUCCUCAGCCGCGAGGACCUGAUCGCGCACAGGGCGAGUCACACGGGGGAGCCGGCCGCCCUCUGCACGUUUUGCGGCAAGUCGUUCGUCAACAAGACCACGCUGAGCAUCCACAUGCGCAUUCACACCGGGGAGAAGCCGUACGCCUGCGCGCAGUGCGGGAAGCGCUUCACGCAGAACGGCAGCCUGAAGAUCCACCUGCGAACGCACUCUGGGGAGAAGCCGUACACCUGCAGUCAGUGCGCCGCCAGCUUCAACAACCCCAGCAACCUGCGCCGGCACAUGAUCACACACAACCCGAACGGGGUGUUCUGACCGGGAAAGAUAUGAAGCUUUAACUUGGGUUUUUUUUUCUGUUCUUUUCAGCACGUUAGCUUUACGAACACUUGUGUGCCACAGUGUGUAUUUUGGGUAACGUGCGUUUCCUGUGUGUUUGUGUAGCUGUCAGGAGCCCGUCAUGGGCCACAUGUGCGUAACUAAUAGUCCACCAAAGGUAUUUCUCUUGACCAUUUGUCAGUAAUAUCCGUGGAGUGUUGAAGGAGCCUUGUCUCCGUGCAAUAUGAAGCUACUUUUCAAAGCAAGACAACCUGCAAAACUAAAAAGCCUUCAUCGGUCCUCCUUUUUUCUUAAAAGCAGAAACAUGUAUGCCUUAUUCAUCCUUCAAGGAAUAUAUAUACAGUACCUUUGAUUUAAUUCUGAUUAAAAUACAUACUCAAAAACAUGACCAACUCUGCAUAUGCAGCAGCUCAAUGUGUGUGAAUCACAGUCAUUUUCAUAAACGCUCACAGUUGGGACGUCUGACAGCAUGAAUGCAUGUAAUCCUCCAUCCUUCCUUUGGUUACAGGAGGAAACCACUUGCACAACAAUGUUAGCAAUGUUGCUUCGCGUGCAGCACGUGAACAUUUGAAUACGUACAUUGACAUUAAUCAAUGCCUCACCCUUUGGUGCCAAUGCUACAAGAAUGCUAAUGUUUUCAACACCGUUCACAUGACAUCGUUAACCCAGAUACACUUGGCUUGAUUUUGAACUUUUGUCUAGCAAUCUGUAUGUUAGAACCUUUUAUUAGGCAUUGAAAAUGUUUUGCUCACGGUAUGGCAUGCUGCCUUUUAAUUCAUUUCAUUCAUCUGUGUGAGUAUGUGUUUCACCUAAGAAGUAAACUAGCUCAGAGUUUGUAGCUCUUGUCUUUCUGUACUUCUCGUGUAGUUUCAGACUGAUCGCAAUAAUCUAUUUGGUGUCGAUUUUGUUUGUGGCUUUGUAAUCAAGAUAUGCAAUGAUUAAUAAUACAUCUAGAUCUUCUAAUAUAGCGUUCAGUACAUGGCAAAUCACCUCUAGGGCGCAGCAUUGUUUGUGUUCCCAGUGAUCAUUGUGUCUACAGGUCACUCAUGCUGGAGCGCUGUGGGGGCACUUUUAAGGAAACUGAGGGAAAUUCCUUGCAUUGUUCCUAUUUCCACCCUUCCCGCUGUCUUCUAUCGGGAUCCUGCUCGUUUGGCUUUGGUUUUCACGCAAAGGAGGUCAAAUAAAAACUUUGAUCAAACAUUA